AUCGAAAUGAGCUCGAGCUCCACUGCCAUAACUGAUCUCAAUCUGGAUUGUUUGGGUCACUGCGCGAAAUACCUCAGCCUCCGAGAUGUCUCAAACAUCUCCAUGUCCUGCAAAUACCUUAAUCGAGCCGCUUACUCCGAUUCCAUAUGGCAAUCACUCUUCAGGCAAGAGUGGCCGCAUGUUGUGCCUGAAGAAUCCAGCAAUAGAGAAGCAUAUCUCCGUAGGCAUACUACAUUGAACCAGUUUAGAUAUGUUGAUCCCCUGCUUCUUGACUCUUAUUUCGUCGGAAAACCAUCACAUUCACACCACAUACUGUUUUACAAAAACGACAUUAUAUUCUCCAAGGGUCCAUCACUAUACUCCUUGAGGACUGAUGACCUUGUGCAUGAAGCUACUUCUACAGCACCACAAGGCUUCUCUUUUCAACUUUGCGGUAACCAUAAUGCAAGACUUACUUCUAUCAGAUUGUAUUCUCGUACAGAGGCAAAUAUUUGUCAAAAUGAGUCCGAACGAGAUGAUAAUAUUCUGUUGACAUCAAGCAGUGACCAUACAAUUCGCCUGUGGUCAAAGGGAGGGAACCGAUGCUUCAAAGGUCAUACUGGCCCAGUGCUCACCCUCUCGGAUAAACUAUUGGGUGGCAGUGUUGGGAACAUAUUCGCUAGUGGAGGUGAAGAUGGUACAGUUCGCCUUUGGUCUAUCAACUCAUCUGGAAAUCGAGGCCAGCAAGCUCUGAAGGCCACACUUUAUGGGCAUGAAAAGGCUGUGCCAUUUAUGUCAGUGGCUGGGCACAAAGCAUCCCUGUUGGUCAGCAUUUCAAAGUACGGAAAGGUUAGGGUCUGGGACACUACGACAGCAUCGUCUUCUAGUCGUACCUCGUGUUGUGUGGGAACGACUUGUGUACCUGCUGCACCUGUGGGUAUAAGAUGCCAUGAAUCACUUCUGUAUGUAGCUGCCGGGCCUUCUGUAACGGCUGUUGAUUUGAGAACAAUGUGUAAAGCAUUCACAGUAUCCCAGCAAGUAAAAAUACAUUCAUUUGAAUUGUUGCCUUCAAAAUCUCUACUCUGUGUUGGUUCCACUAGCAGAGGAAAUCUAUGGGAUAUCAGGAGAGUUACGGAUUCGGGUAUAGUAGCACCAACUACUGAACUGAACGGACAUGCUGGCCCUAUAAAGCACAUACAUAUGGAUUCGUACAAAAUCGUGACAGGUGGACCAGAUGAUGAGUGUGUUAAUGUUUGGGAUGUCGAUACUGGAAGACAGACAAAUUCGUUGCUUUGUUCUGCUCCAGAUAGAGAAGCAGUGAAUGGAUGCUCAGCACUGGCUGUUGAUGGGUGUAGAAUCGUUACUGCCGGUACAGUCAGCCCAGAAUUGACUGCAGUCCUCAUCAGGGACUUCAGGAAUGCUACAAACUAUUUGAGUGAACCUGCUGUAGCAAGUUCUGCUGUUUCCAAAUUCUGGGAUCCCCAGUCAAGUGAUAGUUUGGAACGAGUAGAUUGGGAAGAGUGAAUGCUGAAUUUUUCUCAUUUCUUUUACUCCAACUUUGUCUGUGUGUUUAAUAGUGGGAUAAAAAUUGAACAAGGGAGAAAAGAGCUGACUGUUUGGAAGUUGAUGAUAGAAAUAUACUCUUUUCAUA